AUGUAUCGGUCCGGCAGCUCACGCUAUGGAGGCGGAGGCGAUUACAGGGGAGGAGGUGACUAUAGGGGAGGGGACUACAGGGGAGGUGGAGGCGGGUACCAGACGACCGCUCGGCUUUACGUCGGUCGUCUCUCCACGCGGACUCGCACUCGAGAUCUCGAGUCUCUUUUCGGGAAAUACGGAAGGAUUCGUGACGUGGACAUGAAGCGAGACUAUGCGUUCAUUGAAUUUAGCGACAACAGGGACGCAGAAGACGCGGCGCAUUAUCUGAACGGCAAGGACGUGGAUGGCAGCCACAUCAUUGUGGAGUUCACUCGCAGGGGUCCGCGUGGGCAGGGCUUCGGGGGGCCGCCUGGGGGGGGUCCGCGCAUGGGGGGAGGAAUGGGCAUCACGCAGGGGCGCUGCUACAACUGCGGCAAGGACGGGCACUGGGCGCGCGACUGCCGCAACGGCGAUUGGGGCGGCAAGUGCUAUCGAUGCGGCGAGCGCGGGCACAUUGAGCGGGACUGCCGGAACAGCCCGGCUCAGAGGUAUCGGUCUCGCAGCCGCAGCCGCUCACGCAG